UUCGUGUCAUGUGUUUAGUGUAUAGCUACGAUUCAGUGCAGCUGUAUCAUCACCUGACACUGCCAAUAGCGUCUUCUUGUGAACGCGUUUGCCUCUUGUACGGCUGGUCAUCGCAUUUUGCCACUGGCGAAACACAACCUUGAGGCCCCACGCAUGCCAUCGUUUGGUUUUUAAGAUUCCUUUACCAGGCUCCAUACGCAGCCAUGAGGACAUCGUUUACCUUGUGCGCAGCAUUUUUGUUUCUGUUUUGGCGCCUGUGGCACCACUUGUCACCGCUGCGCGAACUGGGCAUGAUGGUCGCUUCAACGUGGAUUGCACUGACGCUGUCUUACAAUCUGUCACGGUUUGUAUGGACGCGGCUUUUUGUCACCAAGAUUGCCGGUGACGGGAAAGCUGUGCUGAUCACCGGCUGUGACACCGGAUUCGGCAACCGCUUGGCGAAGCGGCUGUCACGCAAUGGCUUUUUAGUGUUUGCCGGUUGCUUGAGUUGCGAGAGCGUCGGCGCUGAAGAACUUAAGAACCUCCACAAUAUCGAGGUCUUGCCGCUUGACGUCACGAAACAAAAGCAAGUGGAUGAGGCCCUUGACUUGGUUAAAAAGCUCCUCGGCAACAGAGGCAAGUCAACCUUUAAUUUCAAGACUGGUGGUCCUAAUUUUUAUUUCCACUGCAAAUGGAAGCAAGGUCACCUCUCUGAUAGAUGUGUUCUAUGCGCAGAGCUCUGGUCCGUGGUCGCUAACGCUGGUAUCGGAAGCUGCGGCCUCCUAGAGUGGAUGACAAUGGAAGCCGUGACCAACAUCUUCGACGUCAACGUUUUCGGGGUGCUUCGGGUCACCAAGAAGUUCCUGCCUCUCCUCCACAAGAGCAGUGGCAGGGUCGUCGCCAUUGCGAGCCCUUUCGGUCACUUCACCCAACCCAUGAUCGUACCCUAUUGCAUGUCGAAGCACGCCGUGGUCUCCAUGAUGGAUGGUCUCCGAAGAGAGUGUCACGGCAGUGGUGUCGACUUUGUAAUUGUAGAGCCCUCAGCUUACCGGACCCCAAUUUUCAAGACGGGCAGCACUCCGAUGGAUCUCGUGAUGCAGGAAUUCAGGCAGCAAGAGCCCGACGCUAUCGCUCAUUACACUCACCAGGACGUAGAGGAUUGGAUGAAGGCUCUUGACAAAAGCUUCAGCGCUAUCAUGAGAGAAGAUCCCGAAGAAGGCGUCAGUGUCAUGGAACGAGCCGUGAGAGAAACCUACCCCAAAGCCAUCUACAGGUCGCCAUGGGGACUGGACACGCCCUGUGUAUUCUUCAUGACAUUGUUUCCCAGGGAUAUCACAGAUUUUGCCUCUCUACUCUUGCACAAGAUUCAGCUCAGAAUGAAAUGAUAAUUUCGACCAUUAUUAGCGGGUAAGAAAGUAUUCCAAAGAAAGCGCUGCUUAUCGAGAGAGCUCUCCGAGGCGCAUAUCUUAAACCCAUUUAUGAGUCACCGCGGUGAGUGGUAAACCAUCUAGGUGCUCCAGGAACAUCAGAGAUUAUGCCACGUUCCCUCUUUUACACAAUGGGGCUCCGAAUAAAAUGAAAGCUUUAGUUCAUUAUUGCCUCAUUCGAAGAGAUACCGAAGAAGGUACCUGCGUUAUCAAGUGCACUGACGGAAAAAUACCCCGAAGCCAGAAGCAGGACACUCCAUGUAAACAGUUCAAACUUUACUCCGCAGGAAUGCCACGAACUUUGUCAACCUUUUAACGCGACAUCGUUAAGGGUCCCGUGUCGUCAGAAAAUUCAGUGUCGGUGUCGGCGUCGGCGGAGUGUCCGUGAGCGAAAAUUUCCGUAUGUACUUAUACGCCUCGCUUUGCUAUAUGGCAUGCGCUUUAUGCUUUUUUUUAUAGCCACACCAUUCUAUCACUAAAGUUGCUCCCACCUUGACUUACUUUUCUGACAAAGUUAUUCCUCAGAAUUUUGAGAAUGACAGCCCACAAACAAAGGUGAUAAAACAAAGCACCGACAGCUCACGUCUUUUAUUAUGUUCUCAGACUGAAAUAUUAAAAGUGCGAAGCAAUAACAGAAACCUGAACAUGAUGUAAUCUUUCUGGCGUGGCUGUGUUCACCUUCGCGGCCCACAAGAGGCCGCGUUCCUACCAGAAAGCUCGUCUUCAUGCAUAAUGCUCGCCGCCAGCGUUUCCCGUUAAACCUUAAGGUUACAUAAGCUGCAGUUGCCCGGAAGCGUGAGAAGCAGUCAGGGAUCUUUGAGUGCUAUCGCGUUCCACUUUUAAAGGCGAACCUUAAGCGUGCUUCCAUAUUUUCGACCACACGAUUAAGUUCAGGAUCAAGUCCAAGCAAUAUCUUCACGUGAACUUGGUAGCACGUUCGAGAUGUGCAUCUGCCCGCUCGUAGUUUUCUGCUUUUCAGUCCCCCGUUGGUUAUCGACUUUUUUAUAGUGUCAAGACGUGCGUGCACCAUUCUAGCACUGAAUAUAAAAGCCAACAUAGGCUAGCUUUGGCUGCGUCAAUGCACACGACAUCCAUGGGAGAUUCUUGAUGUGUCUAAACAUAACGGGGAAGAAAAGACAGCAAACUACAGUGAUUCCUUUCCCUCUGAACUCAUUUACUGCGACAGUGGAAUUCGGCCACAGUGAAUACCACUACGUUAGUUUCGCUUGCCUUUUCUUCCCCUUCGAUAACUGUGUUCAAACACUGCAGAAAACUAGAGAACCUAGCGCUUAUUUGAAAUGUGGAAUGAAGGUCAAUUUGGCGUCAAGCACGAUACCUAAAAACUUGUUCUCCUUAUUUACAGGUAUUCGUUGCCCAGACUCUUUGAUGUUGCGGUCUGAAACUAGUCUUCGCUUUCUUGUGAAAAGAACAGAGGAACUUUUCUGGGGGUUAAGUUUAAAUUCGUAUUCUUCUGCCCAUUUUUAGACACUUUGUUUAGGCCUUGCUGUACGUGCCGUUCACAGACUGCUAGGUUACAAGAUUUGAAUCCUAAUUGUGCAUCGUCUGCAUAGAAAGAAUAGAUAAUUGCUGGAGGUAGCAAGGCAGGGAGUGAGGUCAUCUUAAUAAUGAAGAGCGUGCAGCUGAGCACGCUACCUUGAGGUACACCAGUUUAUUUUGUAAAUGGACAGGACAAUACAUUGGCAAUGACUCGGAAAGUAUGGUUGGACCGGUAGCUUUCUGUAGUGUUAAGCAUAUUCCCUCGAGUGUCGCAUUUGCGACAGAGCUCGUCAGACACCGUACCACUAUGUUGUAUCGUACGCCUUUGCCAUAUCGAGAAAUAUAGACAAGACGUACUGCUUGUGUACAAAUGCAUCAUGGAUGUUUGCUUCGACGCGCACGAGAUGGCCGGCUGCAGAUCGGCCUUCUCUAAAGCCACAUUGAAAUGGGUCAAGCAUUUUGCGGGACUCUAGGAAAUAUACAGGACGGCGAUUGAUCAUUUUCUCAAAAAGCUUACAAAGGCAGCUCGUAAGCGCUAUAGAACGGUAGCUGGUUAGCAAUGAAGUAUCAUUACCGCGCUUCAAAACUGGGAUAUUUCAAUAGCUUCUUUCCAUUUAGAUGGAAGAUACCCAGCAGCCCAGAUAGUAUUGAAAAUUGUGACUGGUAUGAUUUGCGUGUCGCAGUGCUGGUGCCUAAUCAUAUCGUACAAGCUUCUAUCGGAGCCCGGUGCGGAGUUCUGACAUGCUGACAAGGAAGCUUUUAGGUCGGCAAUGCUAAAAGGACGGUUAUAAGGAUCGUUUGGGCUACAUUUCCGGUUCAGUGGCUUACAUUCUUCUAUUGCUUUAUAUUUCAAGAAGUUCCCCCGAAUAAUGGGUGCAGCUAGACACGCGCUCGAAGUGUUCACCAAGAGCGUCGGCCUGGUCUUCCAACUUGUUUCCUUCUUUGUUCACCAGGGGCAAUGGAUGAAGUUGUUGUGCCGUAAACCUCCUUAGCCCCUUUCAUACUUUUGCCUCCCGUGUGUAUGAAUUAUUCGCGGACAGGAACCUCUCCCAGCUUGCCCUCCCAGCUGGCCGUCGUGUUCGCCUUCCCUGUGAUUGGAUGUCUUUAAAUUCUACCAAAUUUUCUGCAGUUGGGGAUCGGCUAUGUACGCCCCACGCUUCAUUUUGUUUUUUCUGCGCUGCCUUGCACUCUUCACUUUAUCACGGAAUUCGUCUUUUGGAUGCGCUACCACUUGAUUGCCGAAUCUUUUUUUUUUUUUUUUUUGCUGCCACGAUGAUAGAAGCGGUAAAAUAUGCUACUGCGUCGUCAAUGCUAAAAUCGGUGAUAAAAUGCCGUGAUAAAGCAAGUUGAUUCCUUAAAAUGAUCCCAGUCGUCGGAAGCUAGUUUCCACCGAGGUGCACGUGGAGGACAUUCAUGUUGUUGAAUUAAGUUUAACAUUACAGGGAAGUGGUCACUUCCGUAAGGAUUUUUAAUAACGCUCCACUCUAAGUAAGGAAGAGGAGCUGUUGAGUCAAUCGAUAGGUCUAUAGAAGAAUAAUAAUUGUGCAACAUACUGUAAUAGGUCGUUUCGUUUUUAUUGAACAGGCAUUCACCCGAAUUUACUAAGAAGUUCUCUAAGAAUCAACCCCUCGCGUCGCAUCGUGAGUUUCCCCACAUCGUGUUGUGAGCGUUAAAAUCUCCCACAAGUAUAUAAGGCUCGGCAAGCUGAUCAAUGAGGUUAUAAAAGUCCGUUUUUUCGAGAUGAUGAUCGGGGUAUAUAAAUGAAACACAGGGUUACCAAUUUACUAAAAAGAAUUGCCCGAACUCACAUUGCCUCGAGGGGCAUCUCAAGGGCCACAUGUUGGCAAGCUACAGACUUGCCGGCAACUACUGCUACACCACCGCACGACGCAGCAGCGUUGUAUUGGUGGAGAAUGUUCGUUGGUGUAGAUUUGAGAUGCGUCUCCUGAAUGCACAGCACCUGUGGAUUGUAUUUGUGCAAUAGUUCUUUAAUGUCAUCGAAAUUGUGGAUAAGACCUCUCACGUUCCAAUGUAAUAUUUGUCUAUCCAUUUUGUUUGUGUUUUUUCUGCUCCGUGUCAAGAGGAGUCAAGUUGACUUGCGGAGCCUUUCCAGGCUUCGUAAUCCGGACUUUGUCUUUCUUGGAGCGGUCGCGAGAUUCGCGCCGCUCACGAGGCGCUGGGUGCGCCGGCUAGCUUGGAGUUGUGUCUAUCGACUCCUAGGAGCCGCUGCCCUUCCGCUCACUCGAGUGGGGUGCUUUCGGGGUAGGCCUUGCCUCGAAAAGCAGGGCCUUGAAGGCCACCAACCCAGAGGUCGAUGGGCCCUCCUUCAGAGACGGCGCCGCAGCGUUGGCUGCUGUCGCCCUGGGAGCUGGUGGAACUGCCGCGACCACACUCUUUGUGGGCCGGACCGAUGCCGGAGUCUGCUGCAGCGUUGCUCCCCUACGCGCCGCACCAGGGUACCCUCGAGUAUGUAGGAAGGAAAUACGCUUUCGCGCUUCCUGAAAGGAAAUG